AUGCCCUUGCCAAGGCGCCGGUCAUCCUUCUUGGGGCAGCAGCCCUCUUCCUCCCCGGCUGAGAGCUCGGGGUCACCCAGCCGCCGGGUGAGCGUCGGGGGUGGCGGGAGCCUGUCGAGACCCCCUGGCGUCUAUGUGGGCACCGUCCCCACUGGCGGAGUGAGCAGUCUGGGCACCCGCGUGUCCCGCAGAGCCCUGGGCAUCAGCAGCGUCUUCCUCCAGGGUCUGCGCAGCUCCUCCGCCGCCGUGCCCCUGGCCCCGGGGCUGGAGAAGGGCAGGGCUCUCUCCUAUGAGAGCCUGAACAGCUGCUUGGUGGAGUACAUCGAGAAGGUGCGAGCUCUCGAGCAGGUCAACCAGGAGCUGGAGGAGCACAUCAGAGUCUACCUGGAUAAGAAAGCAGCCAGUGUGGGCAACUGGGGAGCACUGCGGGAGAACUGGGAGGCGAUUUACCAUCAGGUGGGCGAAGCAGUCCUUGAAAAUGCUCGUCUUAUGCUGCACACCGAGAACAUUCAAGCCUGUGCUGAAGAUUUUAAAGACAGGUAUGAAAAUGAGCAGCCAUUCAGAAAAGCAGUGGAAGAUGAAAUUAACUCCCUAUACAAAGUGAUUGAUGAUGCUAAUUUAACUAAAAUGGAUCUGGAGAGUCAGAUAGAGAGCAUGAAAGAAGAACUAACUUUGCUGUCAAAGAAUCAUGAAGAAGAUGUGAAGGUGUUAUACAAGCAACUUGCUGGAUCUCAGAUGGAAGAACUUGAUGUUCCCCUAGGAACUGGCCUGGAUGACAUACUGGAAAAAAUCAGAAUCCACUGGGAGAGAGACAUUGAAAAGAAUCGUGCUGAGACAGGUGCCUUGCUCCGUACCAAGCAGCAGGCUGAAACAACGGCUGCCGUGAGAACCCAGGAGGAAGAGCUGGUGGAGGGGCUCAGAACCGAGUUCCAUGAAACAGCCUGCAAAAUACAGAGCUUGCAAGCAGAAACAGAAUCUUUGAGAACCUUGAAAAGGGGUCUGGAGAACUCUUUAUACGACGCCAAGCACUGGCACGACAUCGAACUGCAGAACUUGGGCUCUGUCAUUUCCAAGCUGGAGGCAGAGAUGGGAGAAAUCAAAGUAGAAACUGAGCAGCAGCAGCGGGAUCGUGAAAAUCUGCUGACCAGCAAACAACAGCUGGAGAAAGACAUUGCUGCCUACCACUGUCUUCUGGAUGGAGAACAAAGCAGCUGAUUCUGAAACUCCCAGCCCACAGAAGACCACUGCCAUUAAAGCAAAAGAAGAUGUCCCUGCCAACUAUGUUCGUGGAAGCUAAAAACCCAUCAAAGCAGCCUGCUUUAUUCAGUUUGAUUCAACAAUCAAAGUAGGUUGUAGCUUGAACAACUUUAUUAGACCCUCCUCAUGUAAUUGCUUUGCUUACAGAUUUCAAUUUAAUCAUGUUGUUAAAAUUAUAAUAAAAAUAAAGAAUAUCA